AUGCACGGGGUCAAUGGGAAGGCCGAGCUAACUAUAUCACCUAUAGGCGCUCAAGAAGAUGUCAUCGCAGUAUGCGAUGAGCAGCCCCUUCCGGUUGCUCCUAUGAAGCUGGUUCUUUACGACGACAUCCCCAGUAGUCCUCGUCGUGCCGAUUCACGGGCUUCGUUGCUGCCAAAUCUAGUUACCGAAACCAGAAGUCUAGCUUCUAGAGCGUCUAACAGAGCGAGCCUCUUAGUCAAGCACAAGAAAAGAUCAAAAACCACCCCCGUCCGCAAAUUAAAGAUCAGUGGUCCGACAGAUUUUCGUCAUCUCACUGCUGGAAGCACCCCUACUCCUAGACGCCGCCGUCGAUCCUUUCGACCUCUAGAAUUGAGCAUCUAUGUUGAAGGGAACCAAUUGCCAGAUCUGCCGGCAUUUGACACUUUUGGUCUUGAUGACUUCGAUCUAGAAGGCUUUGGCCAGGCUAGCUCUCGGUCUACGGGCACAACUACAGACUCAACCACAGACCCAAUCUUAGCCCCACCGCCAAAGGCUGUUUGUAUGCCAGAUCAGAAAGAUGACCGCCGACGCUCAGAGUCAACUUCAUCUCCAUUCGCAGUUGCUCGUAAACCAAUAGGCACAUCUUCCGCUAGAAACUCACUAUUUAUCGAAGUUCACGACCGCCGUCAUACGAUACCAGACCCAGAAAAGCUGCAGGAGAUACAGAAUGCCAUAUCUCCUCCCCGAAGGAGCAGUGAAACGUUGAACGGCUACCCGCUCUCAUCGCUUGAAGACCUUACCGACCUGAAGCAGACAGAAUCAGAAAUUACUCCAUCUUCUGUCAGCCCAAGUAAAGGCCGUAACAGCUCAAGUGUACCAAUACCAACACACUACCCUACUCGUUCUCGUACCAUUGCAGAAUGGUUUGCUGCCAAGUCCCACCAAGGUCGCCCACCCUCAAGCUUCCGUUUCGAUACCUCGCAUGCAAGAGCACGUACACUCAGUGGUUCAACGAUGGUCUCAUUAGCCAAUGCAUCCACCGCAGGAUACUCAUCACGAAAUCCUUCGCUCUCGAGCUCGGUGAUGAUGGGAACUACCACACAGUCACCUCUCAGCUUUCACGCAUUAACAGAGAAGGACUAUGAAAUCUGUGAUAUAGCAAUGGGCUACAAAACUUCAUCCCAGGAAGCCUGUUCUACACCUAAUGAAAAGCGUGAAUCCCAAACACUCACCGGUAAAGACCCGUACUACGAAAUACCCCUUGGCCCAAAUGAUAUCGGAGUUGCAUACUGA